GUUCCGCUCCCCCCCCGACCCCAGCUCCAACCUGGUAGCAGGUGUCGGGACGCUGGAAAGCGACUCGGUGGAGCAGGUGCUCGCCGACGGCGGCCGCCGCCACAGCGUGUCGCGCCGAGUAGCAACCGAAGACGGCGGCCGCCGCACCAGCCAGCGCGUGUGGAGGAUAAACGGCCGGCACGGCCGUCGCGGUGAUCCGUCCAGGGAAACAGUGAGCGAGGGCCAGGGCUCUCGUCUUAGCGAAGACAGAGAAAGAAUCCGCGAGGAGAGCGACCGCCGCUGCCGGGUACCGACGGGAAGAGGAAGUGAAGACGUCGGCUUCUCCCGCGAUGACUCGAGAAGGGUCAGCGAAGACCUGGACCACGGCCGCAGCGUCUCUGAGGGAAGAGUCAGGGGAGACGGCAGCCACCGUCUCGGCAACUCUUGGGAGAGACUGAGGGGAGGCCUCAGCAACGACGCGAGCUUCAGUGAAGUCGGAAGCCACCCGACUAGUGACUCCUCGGGAUCUAUCAGAGACGACAGCGGCCUUCGCCUCAGCGGGACUUGGGAGGAAGUCCGGGAGGUCCGGGGCCCCCGAGCCACCGACUCGGGUGAGAGGGACAGUGACGACCUCCGCCGCCGCCUCAGUGGCUCUUGGGAGGGCGCGAGUGUGGAUGGCGGCCGCAGUCUCAGCAGUUCCUGGGAAGGGGUGAGUGAAGACCGCGGCUACUUGGCCAGCGACUCCUCCGCGGUGAGCGUCAGCGAAGACGCCAGCCGCCGCCGCUUCUGGGAGAGGGAAAGUGAGGACGAAGGUUCCCGCUGCCAGGCCUCCUGGGGGAGGACGACGGAGGACGGCGGCCCUGGGCCUAGUGACGACGAGGUAGACAGCCGCUGCUGCAGUGGCUCGUGGGUGACAGCGAGUGAAGACCGCCGCAGUAGCGGGGGCCUGGACUCGACGCCCCCCCAGAGUCCGAGUCGCCGCACCAUGCCCGGGGUGUCCGAUUCAGGCCCGUCCACCACCUCCACGGAGACUGCGACCCCGUUAGGUGCCAGGAAGAAAGUGCAUUUUGGUAGCAUACACGAUGCAGUACGUGCCGGAGAUGUAAAGCAACUUUCAGAAAUCGUACGACGUGGUGCCAGCAUUAACGAAGUUGAUGUUCUCCAUAAAUUUACCCCUUUACAUUGGGCAGCACACUCUGGCAGUUUGGAGUGUCUUCACUGGCUUCUCUGGCAUGGCGCUGAUGUCUCACAAGUAACCGUGCGAGGCUGGACGGCAGCUCACAUAUCUGCUAUCAGGGGACAGGAUGCUUGCAUGCAGGCUCUUAUAAUCAAUGGAGCCAACCUGGCCGCUCAAGAUGAUCGUGGGUGCACUCCUUUACACCUUGCUGCAACACAUGGACAUUCUUUCACUUUACAAAUAAUGCUCCGAAGUGGAGUGGAUCCCAGCGUGACUGAUAAGAGAGAGUGGAAACCUGUGCAUUAUGCAGCUUUUCAUGGGCGGCUUGGCUGUUUGCAACUUCUUGUGAAGUGGGGAUGUAGUGUAGAAGAUGUGGACUACAACGGAAACCUUCCAGUUCACUUAGCAGCCAUGGAAGGCCACCUUCACUGUUUUAAAUUCCUACUCAGUAGAAUGAGCAGUGCCUCCCAAGGUUUGAAAGCCUUCAAUGAUAAUGGAGAAAAUGUACUGGACCUGGCCCAGAGGUUCUUUAAGCAGAACAUUUUACAGUUUAUCCAGGGGGCUGAGUAUGAAGGAAAUGAUCCAACAGAUCAAGAAACAUUAGCAUUUCCAGGUCAUGUUGCUGCCUUUAAGGGUGAUUUGGAAAUGCUUAAGAAAUUAAUAGAAGAUGGGGUAAUUAAUAUUAAUGAACGUGAUAAUAAUGGAUCAACUCUUAUGCAUAAAGCCGCUGGGCAAGGCCAUAUAGAGUGUUUGCAAUGGCUGAUUAAAAUGGGAGCAGACAAUAACAUUACCAACAAAGCGAGGGAGAGACCCAGUGAUGUGGCUAAGAGGUUUGCCCAUUUAGCAGCAGUAAAGCUAUUAGAAGGACUACAGAAAUAUGAUACAGAUGAUGAGAAUGAAAUGAAUGAAAAUGAUAUUAGGUUUUUUAUAAGACAUGGUGUUGAGGGAAGCACUGAUGCCAAAGAUGAUUUAGGUCUCAGUGAGUCAGAUAAAACAGAUGCCAGAGUGAGAGCUUAUAAGAAAAUUGUAGAAUUGAGACACCUCCUUGAAAUUGCUGAGAGCAACUAUAAACACUUGGGAGGAAUAACAGAAGAAGAUGUGAAGCAGAAGAAAGAACAGCUCGAAUCUGAAAAGACUAUCAAAGAGCUGCAGGGCCAGCUGGAGUAUGAACGAUUACGCAGAGAGAAGUUAGAAUGUCAGCUGGAUGAGUAUCGAGUGGAGGUGGAUCAACUCAAGGAGAUGCUGGAAAAAACUCAGGUCCCCAACUUUGUGGCUGUGGAAGAUGACAUUUCCUGUGAGUUAAGCAAAGAGAAGAGGCGAGUGAAGAAGAAGGUGUCUUCUGGGGGAGUUUUUGUGAAAAGUAUUCUGAAAUUUUAAGAGUCAAUUUAACAUCGUAAUAUAAUACACAUCAAGAACCGUGGAUAUCACUGCCACACAACUGCCCAGCUCUCCUCAGUGCUCAGAAGUCCUUCAUACGGCUGUGACAGUUUAGAGCUAUGAAAACUGUUCAUACAUAUGUCCCAUCUAAAGCAGCUUUCUGUCCUCCCACUCUUAAAUAUCCACAUUUUUGCCUACAUGGUUCUCAGUUCUGAUUGGAAAUUAUCUUUACUGUUUGUCUCUGAACCAGAAUGUCCGCUCCAUGAGGCCUCGACUGUUUUUCAUUACUGUAUCUCUAGUACCUAAAACUGGAGAAGGAAAUGGCAACCCACUCCAGUAUUCUUGCCUAGGAAAUCCCGUGGACAAAGUCAGCCUGCUGGGCGACCGUCCAUGGGGUCGCAGAAUCGGACAUGACUUAGCAACCGAGCACAGUACCUAAAACAGUGCUUGGCAAAUGAUAUUUUAUUGUUGAACCAAUCAGUGAACUGGAUUUAAAAUCCUGGAGUUAUUUAGUGGUAUCAACAUAAAAGACCUGCAAAGUUUUUCUUAGUUUUGACAUAAAUGUUCUAUUUCAAUAAACUCUCGAUUUUUAACCUAGACACAGAAUGGUCCUGUUUUACCUACUGCUGAUGAUUUUAUUAAAAAGGGAACUCUGUCCAUACACAACUUUAUUGCUAUUAUUAUGUAUUAAGUAAAAUAACUGCUAAUUAGCAUAAACACCCAGUUAAACACAAGAUACUUUACUAGAUACUUUAUAUACUACCAAGGCAAGGUGGGAUUAUCCAUCUUUUUAGGUAAGAAAAUCAAGCCUAGGAAAAGUAAAGCCUAAGGUUUUGCCUAAGGUCAUAGUUUCUGGCAGAAUUGGGAUUCAGACUGCAAACGCUGUUUCCUCAUGCUGUCCUUUUUAUCCUAAGUCACUUAAGACAUCCAGGCACUUAAAAGACAAAGCUGCAACCUCUAUUCUGCUAGUAAGAGUGUAUGGCAAAUGUGAUUCCUUCCCAUGUAUCUUGCCAGUCAAGAAACAUCUUGAGUGCUAGGCAUGUGUUGGGGACAGGGGAUGAUAAGCAAAACCAGACAUAACAGAUGUCUUCACUGACUUUAUAAACUAGAAGGCAGGAAACAGAUUUUUUCUUUUUUAAUCUAAACAUAAACUCUAAAUUCAAAUAAUGAAAGAGUAAUGUCCAGUCCUUUAGACUAACUCAUUCAAGUACUCAGAUGAGUUCUGGUAACCAGAUAUAAAAGGAAGCAGAUGUAAAGAUGGAUCAGUUUUGCACAUGUGCGUGCGCGCACGCACACACACACGCACAGUGGUCAGCAAUCUUCCUGG